AAAUUUCACCUUGAUUUUUUCUCACGCUUCGUUCUCGUCUUAGGAAUCGAUUUCAUCUUUCUGAUCACUUUGUCUUUUUUAUUUUUUUCCCCAGAAAAUGGAGCUCGAUUUUGACGCUAGCAACUUGGUUGAAGAUGAAGCUGCUGAAGUUGGACAUAAUGAUAUGGCUGGGAUUGAAGGGGAAAGAUGUGGGAUUUGCAUGGAUAUUAUUGUUGAUAGAGGUGUUCUUGAUUGCUGUCAACACUGGUUCUGCUUUGAUUGCAUUGAUAAUUGGUCUACGAUUAUGAACCUUUGCCCUCUUUGCCAGAGAGAGUUUCAGUUGAUUACAUGUGUUCCUGUGUAUGAUUCAGGUGAAAGCAGCAAGGUUGAUGAGGUCUCGAUAUCAGGAGAUGAAGAUUACUGCAUUGAGGAGGAAACUGAUGCUGUCACUUCUCCGCCACACGAUAUUGACGAAACACACUAUAUUGACGAAUAUGCAGUUAUCUGUUUAGAUGGUGAUCUUUGCAAGAUCCGUAACACGUUCACUUACAUUGGAGGGGAUUCCAACCUUGAUACAUCAAUUGCUUGUGAUUCUUGUGAUAUAUGGUAUCAUGCUGUUUGCGUGGGUUUUGACCUGGAAAAUGCAUCAGAAGAUACAUGGAUAUGUCCGAGAUGUCUCGCUAAUGAAAAACCACUUGAACCUGAUACCUCACCAAUGGAGACACAGCCUGAUACCUCACUAACGGAGACAAGAAAGACUCUGGAUAUUUCUGAGAGGACAAAUAGUGGAUGCUCAGCCGAGGCUAUUUACUCUGGGAACUUUUCAGUUACGGUCGCUGAUGAAGGCGAGACAGCUCUUGUUGUAUCAAUUGUCAAAGGAGACGAGUGUCAUAUGGAACCAAGUAAUACCAACCCAUCGUCAUCUCAAGCUAAAGUGGAUGGAGAGCCAGAUAGGUCGCAUCUGAAAAUUCUCUGUCGGGAGGAAAAUACAGAGCAGGUCCCCGUAAAAUUAGAGCUCAAGCUGUCCUUACCACAUGAUAUAUCAUCAAGACUAAUUUCUGAUUUAGAUCAGCCAUGUUUUGUUGCACACGUAGAGAAUAGAACAGACCCUGUUGAAGAGAAGGAUUGUCUGUCGAUGAAUGAUCAAAAAAAUCUUUCCACUACGGCCAUUUCCAGUUCAGAUGUUGCUAGUGUUAUUAGCUUAAAGAGAAAGCUUUCAGAUUUCAGUGGCGAUGAUGGCAAUUCAGAAACUGAACCUGAGAUUUCCGAAUCUCUCAAUAUACCCAAACUCGAGAAAGAGGAAGACUUGGCUACCGUUCACCAAGAGAGCAGAUCCCCUCCAAACAAUACAACUGUUGAUAUUUUCAGCAUUGUUAAAGGAACUGGGCGUGUAAAAAAUCUCAUGCGUUCAAAUCCUACUGAUAAGUCUUCAGAAGGAGAGAAUGCUGCUGGUUUGAGGGUAAAGAAGAUCAAAAGGACACCAGAAGAUGAGAAAGAGUCAAUGGUUCUGGUUGAAAAACUAAGGAAAGAAAUAAGAGAAGCCGUUCGAAACAAAUCGAUGGAGGACAUAAGAGAUAACCAAUUCGAUCCAAAACUUUUGGCUGCCUUUAGAGCUGCUGUGGCAGGACCCAAAACUGAAGAAGCACCUAGAAAAAAUAUGGCUCUGGCUGUGAAGGCAAAGAAGUUGAUGCUGCAGAAAGGAAAAGUCAGAGAGAAUCUCACGAAGAAAAUUUAUGCAGAUACAAAUGGGAAGCGGAAAAGUGCAUGGCACCGGGACUGUGAAGUUGAGUUUUGGAAACAUAGGUGCCUACAAACUAGAAAGCCUGAAAAAAUUGAAACUCUGAAGUCUGUUCUUAGCCUCUUGAAGAAGAAACCAGCUGGAGUCAAAACAAACUUUUCAUCUGAAACUCAACAGGCCUCAAAUCCUAUCCUCUCCAGAUUGUAUUUGGCAGAUACCUCUGUGUUCCCAAGAAAUGAUAAUCUCAAGCCUCUUUUGGCACCGGAAAAAACAGGGAACUCACCAAACAAUGCAAAACCCACAGAACCCAGCAAGACCAUACCAAAGUUUAGUGAUGCCAAGGGGAGCAGCUUAAAAGCUGGAUCAAAACUGAACCCGGGAAACAAACAGUCAGAUGGACAACCUAAUCUUGCAUCGAGUAACUCUAAGGAAGUGUUUGAGAAUCCCGAUGAUCUCAAGAAAGACAAAAGGAAAUGGGCAUUGCAGGUUCUUGCAAGAAAGAAAGCUUUAGCUGGCAACAACUCAACCGAAGACAAAGAAGGCUCUCCCGAGCUCAAAGGGAUUUAUCCAUUGUUGGCUCAACUACCAGCUGAUAUGAGACCAAGCCUUGCAACCAGUCGCCAUAAUAAAGUUCCUGUUGCAGUUAGGCAGACACAAUUAUAUCGCAUGACAGAACAUUUCUUAAAGAAAGAAAACCUUCAGUCUGUUCGAAGAAGUGCAGCAACAGAAUUAGCCGUUGCUGAUGCUAUAAAUAUUGAGAAAGCGAUCGCGGAUAAAUCAAGUAGCAAAGUUGUGUAUCUGAAUCUAUGCUCACAAGAAAUACUGCAUCAUUCAGAGAGCAAGGCGAUGGAUAAUGCUGUAGAACCAAAUUUGUCAUCACCAAUGGCUGUUAACGAGUCAGAACGUAUUAGUGGUAAAGAUUCAGAUGAUCCAGCCAUCCUUCAAGCGCUCAGAGCAGCAGGUCUUGCUGAUUCACCACCAAACAGCCCGACCCGCUCAACGGAAGUUCCUCCAGAGAAAGGAGACAGUUCCAUGAACGAGACAAGGCCGGCAGGCCCAUAUAAUGUACUUGACAUGGAUUCCGUUCCUGAUACGGACAUCUUCGGGGAUUUUGAGUAUGAAUUGGAUGAAGACGACUAUAUCAGUGCUACCAUGGCUAGAAAAGCUUCAGUAACGCAGCCGGAUGAAAGUUUGACUAAGGUGAAGGUAGUUUUCUCCACUGUUCAACCUGAAAAGUGUUCGAAUCAAUCUGAAGUCGUGGGAAAUGAAGAAACAACUGCAAACCAGAAGGGGACCACAAAUGGCGAAGACGAUAGGAAAAGCGCUGCUCCUAUAGAGCCUCUACCCGAGGUUGAGGUCGAGGUUGAGGCCGAGGGUGAGGGAGAAGGGGAAGGAGAAGGAGAAGGAGAAGGAGAAGGAGGUGAAAUCCUUUCUGUUGCUGAAUGUGAAGAACUAUAUGGACCUGGUAUAGAGAAACUAGUUGAGAAACCUCUCGUUGAAGGAACUGCUGAUAAUGGUGUUGAAGCUAAAGUACCUGAUUCAGAGUGUGAGAGUAACACACACAAGGAGUUCAGCGCCUCAAACUUUGUGAACACUUCCAUUAAAGAGAAAAAAGUUCCGAAAAACAUUGAGAAGUGCAAUCAAAGCGAGAAGCCUUCUAAAGAAGAGAAAACAAGCGAGAAGCCAUCUAAAGAAGAGAAAACAAGUGAGAAGCCUUCUAAAGAAGAGAAAAGCAAAGCUGAUGCGUUUAGUAACUCUGUCACCAAGAAGGUGGAAGCAUACAUCAAAGAACAUAUCAGACCAUUGUGCAAGAGCGGAGUAAUAAACGUGGAACAGUACAGAUGGGCAGUGACUAAAACCACAGAGAAAGUGAUGAAGUAUCAUAGCAAAGCAAAGAGUGCUAACUUCUUGAUCAAAGAAGGCGACAAGAUCAAGAAACUAUCUGAGCAAUACGUUGAAACCGCUUCCUCUGGAGCUCAUCACAAGGACAAGUGCAAAUGACGAUCAUCAGCGUAAAUAAGAAGAUGAAGGAAGAACAAACUAGUCAAGUACAAAAACGUAAAUAGCUUAUUAUUAUCAUCUCUCUUUUUGUCUUCUCGUAGGCCAAGAAAAAAACAGAAAGAAGCAAUUCUUGUUUUACCCUAUCAGACAGACCUAAAUGUGUCUGAAACUGACAAUAGUCACUACAACAAGGUCUUAACAAAAAAGAUAUUUAUAGAUUAGAAGAUAUAUUCAAUA